AUGGGAAUUGGGAAAUUAUUCUGGAAGAUCAGGCACUACAAGCAAAUAUUUGUAAAUGACAUUUUCCCCUUUCCAUUAUUUCUGUCUUUCUUUGAUAAGCUUACUUAUGGUUCAGCUCCAGAGAAAAUUUCAGAGUCUCAUCAGGUUCUCACACAACAGAUGUUUCCAAAUGUGGACUACCAAUAUGAUGGGAUUCUCCAAUUACUACAGCAUUUCAAGUGGACAUGGAUGGGGGCACUGUAUACACAUAAUGAGAAUGGUGAAAAGUUUAUACAUGAUGUCGUGCCUAUGUUUUCCUUGAGAGGGAUAUGCUUUGCAUUUACUGCAAAGUUCCCUGGAAUGACUUAUUCAAACAGCUUUGAUGAAUUGAUAGGAGAAGCUGUUGAAACAUAUAAAGUGGUUAUGACCAGCACAGCUAAUGUAGUUCAUGGUGAAAUUGAUGAUAUGAUUUUUUUGAGAUUUUUUUCCAUUUAUAUCCCAAUUGGAAAAAAAUGCCAGUAUGGAGAAAAAACAGACUACUUUGAUCCAACUUGGACAUACCGUGCCUCAUUGGAGCUCUUCUUUACAAAGGGCCAAUUCAUACCUAACUACAACUGUGAUACUCAAAACAGACCAAUAGCAGUCAUUGGAGGACCUUCAUCUGACAUCUAUCUAUACGUGACUAAUAUCCUUUCCCUGUACAAGAUGCCACAGAUAUUGUAUGGUUCUGCUCCUGAAAUUAGCACAAAAGAACAAGCUGCUUUUUACCAACAGAUGUUGCCAAAUAUGAACAUUCAGUACAGGGGAAUUUCUCAGUUAUUGCUAUAUUUCACGUGGACAUGGGUUGGGAUGUUGUUAGUAGACAACGAGAGUGGUGAAAUGUUUCUGCGCAGGGUGCUCCCCAUGGCUACCCAAAGUGGCAUCUGCUUUGACUUUGUUGCAAGAUUUCCCAAACCUGUUAAUUCAGAUAAUCUGAAAAAGCUGAUCAAAAUAGGACUUAACAUGUACAGAUUGGUUAUGAAAAGUGAUGUCACUGUGGUGGUAGUUCACGGUGAGAGUGGUAACAUGAUGACUCUAAGGUUUCUUUCCAGUAAUUUGAAAGAUAAUAAUUUCCCACUAUGGACAAAGGGGAAAGUCUGGAUUAUGACAAUCCAGAUGGAAUUCGCAUCAAAUCCCUUUCAAAGAAAUAAGGACUUGGUUUUCCUUCAUGGGGCUUUAUCUUUUGCAGUUCAUUCAAAGAAGGUACUGGGAUUCAAGCAAUUUGUUCUCACAAGAAACCCUAUCUUGGAAAAGGAAGACAGUUUUAUCAAGACUUUCUGGGAAAAUGCCUUUGAGUGUUCCUUCUGCACCUCUGUAAUACAAAAGGCAAAUAGGACCACUUGUACUGGAAAGGAGAACCUGGAGGUCCUUCCUACAUCUGUCUUUGAUAUGGAAAUGAGUGGCCACAGCUACAGUGUCUACAAUGCUAUCAAUGUGGUGGCACAUGCUUUGCAUGACUUCUAUUCCUCUAUAAUGAAAUACGGAGAAGGGAGGAAAAUCAAGGGGAAACUUUUGAAUCAACAUUUAUGGAAGCUCAACAACAUUAUCAGAAAGAUUGCAUUUAAUAAUAGUGCUGGGCAACAAAUUGAGUUCAAUCAAAACGGAGAAUUAGAGACUGGAUUUGAUAUCAUCAAUUGGAUCACAUUUUCAAAUUUGUCUUUUAAGAAAGUCCAAGUUGGAAGCAUAGACCUCAAGGACUCCAAUGAAAAAAUGGUCACUAUUUAUGAAGAUGAUAUUGUGUGGCCAAGCAGAUUUAACCAGACCCAGCCACUUUCACUGUGUAAUGGGAAGUGCGAUUCAGGCUACAGUAAGAUCAAAAUCGAAGGGAAACUAUUUUGCUGCUAUGACUGUCUUCGAUGUGCAGAAGGGAAGAUUUCAAACAGGGAGGACAUGGAUGAAUGUUUUCAAUGCCCAGAGGAUCACUAUCCCAAUGAGAAGAAGAUUUUGUGUCUCCCCAAAAUUGCAACAUUCUUGAACUACAAAGAAACCUUGGGAACAGUUAUGGCCAGUUCUUCUCUUUUCUUCUCUUUAAUCACAGUUGGAGUCCUUUGGAUCUUUAUUAAGCACCAGGACACUCCCAUUGUCAGAGCUAACAACCGAAACCUCACAUACGUCCUCCUUAUUGCUCUCCAGUUAUCAUUCCUUUGUACUUUGCUAUUCAUUGGGAAGCCUCACAAGGUGACAUGUCUCCUUCGUCAAACUGCUUUUGGCAUCAUCUUCUCAGUGGCCAUUUCUUGUGUUUUGGCCAAAACCAUCAUUGUGGUUCUAGCUUUCAUGGCUACCAAGCCAGGGUCCAAGAUGACCAAGUGGGUGGGGAAAAGACUUGGGACGUUUAUAGUAUCCUGCUGCUCCGUUAUUCAAAUUAAAAUUUGUGUUAUAUGGCUGAUCAUCUCUCCCCCAUUCCCAGAUGCUGACAUGAAGUCAAUAGCAGAAGAAAUCAUUCUGGAGUGCAACAAAGGAUCUGCCUUCAUGUUCUAUGGUGUCUUGGGUUAUAUGGGCUUCCUCUCCAUUGUCAGUUUCACACUGGCCUUCCUAGCAAGGAAAUUGCCUGAUGCUUUCAAUGAAGCCAAGUUUAUCACAUUCAGCUUGUUGGUCUUCUGCAGUGUUUGGUUGUCCUUUAUUCCAGCAUACCUGAGUUCGAAAGGAAAAUAUAUGGUUGCUGUGGAGAUCUUCUCCAUUAUAGCUUCCAGUGCUGGAUUGCUGCUUUGUAUCUUUUCUCCCAAGCUGUACAUCAUUGUGCUGAGGCCUGAUUUGAACAAAAAAGAGCAGCUCAAAAGAGAAAAGGACAGACUAGCAUAA